AUGCAGCCAAAUCCAAAUCGUACUAAUCGAUUAGCUUUAGACAAUACUACUCAUUUAAACUCGUAUGAUCCAUCAGCACCAUAUCGUGCAAUGAUGAUGCCACCACCUCCUCCAGUCAACUCUAAUAUGCCUCCUACACUUAACCCGAAUAUUCCAGCUAGCAAUCCAUAUUAUUCGAAUCCUAAUCUAUCACAAAAUGUUCCUCCUAUGACUCAAGAUCCAAGAAAUGCUAAUCUCACACGUAUACCACGAUAUUAUUAUCCACGUUAUGAUGGUGCCUACGACACUUAUGUUCUUGAAAUGAGAGAAACGGAACCUUAUGCACAGCCACCGGAUAAUCCCCAAUUAAUUCAAAAUGAGUAUGUUCCUUAUUCUCAACCAGGUCCAUUGCCAGUCGAUCCAUAUGCUUCGGGUCCAUAUUAUUCUUAUUCUACACCAUAUGUUGUUCCAUCAACAAGUAAUGUUCCUUAUGAAAAUCCUGAUCGAUAUAGACAAGUACGAUCAAAUUCUGAUUUAAUAACUUCACAUAAAAAAGAUGGUGAUUUAAGUCGUCUUGAAGUAUAUCAUUUUACUCCUAAGCAGAAUACAACAUUAUCAAGUGGAGUAAAUGCUGUACCACCAGUAAUACAAUAUCAUGUUUAUCCAUAUCCGCCAGCAGCAGGACCACAAUCACAAUCAAUACCAGCUAAUCAACAACCAUCUUACUACUAUCCACAGCAAGAUCAUCAAUCGGAUGUUCCUCAUCAUUUAUCAGAUCAAUUUCAAGGACAGAUACCUACUUCAGAAACAAAAGCACGUAGCUCUCAAACUGAUCAGCCUAUCACAAAGACUCGUGGAGUUUCUCCAAUAUAUUUUUCUGGUGAAGCAUCUAUUAAUGAUGAUGAUGGUUAUCCAACUAUACAUAAAAAAGAAGUUCAUACUGAUCGAUAUAAUAUUAAAACAGGAAGAUUAAAUCGACGAUUUUAUGACAAUCAUAGUUCAUCUGCUUUGCCUGAUUGUCGUUGUUUAGAUUGUCAACGAGAGAGAUCAAAAGUACUUAACUAUUAUCCUGAUUAA